AUGUCCGAUGAUGAGGGACUAAUUAUCGCAACAGACGAGCUUGUCUUUCUUGCACUUGAGACCUUGGAGCUGGACCCUUUAGUGCUGGAUACCUUGGUACUUAGUAUCAUAGUACUUGGUAUCUUGAUGCUCGAUACUUUGGUGUCCGAUGUCUUGGUACUUAAUGUCUUUGCACUUAAUAUUUUCGUACUUGAUGGCUGUGAACUGCUUAUAGCUGUAGAUAAGCUUGCCUUCAUUGAGCUUGAGAACCUGGUGCUCGACGCUUUGCUGCUCGAUGCCUUGGUAUUGGACGCUCGUGAGCUGCUUGAAGCAGUAGAUGUACUUGUCUUUCUCGAGCUUGAUGCCUUAGUACUCAACAGCUUGGUGCUCGUAGCAGUGAAUGAGCUUGAUGCCUUGGUGCUUGGUGGCAGUGAGCUGCCUCCAGUAGUAGAAGAGCUCGUCCUUCCGGAGCUUGUUGACUGCGAGUUUCUCGUAGCACUCAAUGAGCUGGACACCCUAGAACUUGAUGUUCUAGCGCUUAAUGACUUGUUGCCUGAUAUCUUGGACCUUGAUGACUGUGGGCUGCUCAUAGCAGUAGACGUGCUCUCCUUUCUUGAGCUUGGCCCCUUGGUGCUUGUAGCAGCAGAUACACUUUUAGUGAGUGAUAGCUGUGAGCUGCUAGCAGAAGUAGGUGAACUUGAUGCCUUGGCACUUGAUGUCUUCUUGCUCAACAUCUUGCUGCUUGGGCUGCUUAUGGCUGCAGACGUGCUGGCCUUUCUUGAGCUUGGUGCCUCGGUAUUCGUAGCAGUAGAUGAGCUUUUAGCGCGCGAUGGCUGUGAGCUGCUUGUGGAAAUUGAUGAGCUUGAUGCCUUGGUGCUUGACGUCUUCUUGACUGAUAACUGUGGGCUUCCUACGGCCGUAGACGUGUUUGCCUUUCCAGAAGUAAAUACCCUGGUACUCGUAGUAUCGAGUGAGCUUUCAGUGCGUGAUAGCUGUGAGCUUCUUACAGUGGUUGACGAGCUUGAUAUCUUGGUGUUUGUUAUCUUAUUGCUUGAUGCUUUAGUGCUUGAUAUCUUAGUACUCGACGGCUCUAAGCUGCUCGUAGCGGUAGACGAGCUUGACUUUCUUGAGCUUGAGGUCUGGGAGCUCCUGGAAGAAGUUGAUAAGCUUGAGGCCUUGUUGCUUGACAACGUGGUUUGUGAUGGCUUCGGACUACUUGUAGCGAUAGACGAGCUUGUCUUUCUUGAGCUCAAUAACUGUGAGCUGCUCGCAGCCGUAGUGGAGUUUGCCUUUCCUAAUCUCGAUACCUUGGUACUUGCAGAGGUAGAAGAGCUUUUUGUGCGCGAUACCUUGGGGGUGCUUUUAGUAGUUGAUGAGCCUAAUGAUUUGGUGCUUGACGCCUUAGUCCUUGGCAGCUGCGAGCUGGUCUUGGUUGAGCUGGGCUGGCGCGAGUUCGGGAAAGGAACAGCAGAACUUAGAUGUUGUGAGCUCUGUGACAAUGAUGAACUCAAAGACAUUCUUCUUGAUGACUGCGGAUUGUUCGUGGGCAUGGAAAAGCUGCUUUCAAGCGUAGACAGGCAAGAACCGGAAGUCAUGAGACUUGAUGACUUCAAGCUAUCCACAGGCACGGAUACACUACUUGUUGCCAUCUUUGAGCUUGCUUUCCUGGAGCUAAUUGGAAUAGAUGUGCUGGCCGGCAUCGACGAGCUAGACUCCUUCCUGCUUGAGAUAGAUACCCAGGAGCUCGGGGUUUUUGAACUUGAAGGUGUCAUAUUUGAUGACUAUGAGCUGGCUUUGCCUGGGCUCGGCUUCCGCGAGCUCGAGAGAGGUGCUGAGGAACUUAACGAUUGUGAACUCUUUGAUGCCACGGACGAGCUGGUAGGCGUCACACUUGAUACAUCCAGAACUGAUGAGCUUUCUGACAUUGAUGAACCUGAUUUCUGCGAGCUGGAAGGGGAUAGCGAGAAGGAAGAAGAAGUCGCACUGAACGACUUCGAACUGCUUUUCGGGAGAGAUGAGCUUUUUAUACUUGAAUUGGCGGGCAUUAAGGAGCUUGGUGUCUGCGAAGUUGAAGAAGAGCCCGGUUUUUGUGAGCUUACUGGUGUCUUUGAGGAAGCAAAAGAAUGCGCACUGGAUGAAGGAGAACUGCUUAAAGGCAUAGAAGAACUCUUCUUUCUAGAGCUUGGUUUCUGUGAGCUCCAUAAGACUGUCGAGCUUUGCUCCCCAGGGCUUGAUGAAUGUGAACUGCUCGCUGACAGAUAUGAGCUUGAACUGGCGAAAAUAGGGCUGUGUGAACUUGAUGGACUUGCUGAGCUUCAGAAAUCGAUUAUUUUCGUUGAGCUAACUGGUCUUGUCGAGCUCACCGGCUUCAAUGAGCUCGCUGGCAUCAAUGAGCUCAUAAGCGUUGAUGAGCUUGCUUUUGUCGAAGUAGUUGGUUUCGUUGAGGCAACUGGCGUCGUUGACAUAGUUCUGUUAGAGCUGCUAACCCUCAUCGACGAGCUAGCCACCGCAGAUGAGUUAACUUGCACUGAUAGGCUUGCUUUGGUGGAGCUAAUCGACUUCGUUAAGCUGAGCAGUAUUGGCGAGCUGGUUGUAAUCGAUGAGUUUGCCCCGCUAAAGCCAGUAUGCUGCGAACUUGAUGGUAUUGAUGAGCUCACUGGCACCGACGAGUUAACUGGGGCCGAUAAACUUGCUCUGCUGGAAGUUAUUGGGGCCUCUACGCUAGCAGGCGACGAGAAGCUCAAUAGUUUUUCCGAGCUUACUGAUAUUGAUGAGCCAAUUGACGUUGACGAGAUGACCGGUAUUGGUGAGCUCACCGACAUCGACAAGCUUAAUGUCCUUGACGAGUCCAACGACAUCGAUGAGUUAAUUAGCAUUGAUGAGCUCACAGGCGUCAGCGAGCUCGGGAGUUUUGCUGAGUUAACUGGCAAUGAUGAGCUCAAUGGUUUUGACGAGCUGCCUGAUGUCAAUGGGCUCGCUGCCGUUGAGGAGCUAGGCAGCAGGGAUGAGCUCACUAGUAUCGACGAGUUGCUAUGCAUCGACAAGCUCCCUGCUAUCGACGAGAUAACUGGCAUUGAGGAACUAGCUGGCAUUGAUGAGCUCACUGACAUCAAUGAGCUAACUGGUGUUGAGGACCUGAUUGGAACCGACGAUCUCACCGACAUCGACAAGAUGAGUGUUUUCGAGGAGUUUCCCGACGUCAACGAGCUAGCCGGCGUUGCCAAACUAACUGACAUCGACGCACUUGUUCCCUCAGAAUUAAUUGGUCUCCUUGAGCUGGGCUCUUGUACGCUGGAUGAAGCCGCAGAGGCGGACUGCUGA